UGCGGGUUGCCACACGCGAGGCGGUGUCAUCCAAUGUCAGACGAAAAAUUUUCCUCCACAAUUGCACAAUGGCGGAGUGUAAGAAAAUUACUGUAAUUGUGAAGACUCCAAAGGAGAAAAAGAACAUUGAGUGUGACGAAAAUGCCGACAUCAAGGAGUUCAAAGCACUCGUGGCGGAGAAGUUCGAGUCAGAACCGGAACUGCUGUGCUUGAUUUUCGCCGGGAAGAUCAUGAAGGACGGGGACACACUGAAGGCGCACAACAUCAAGGAUGGCAUGACGGUGCACCUGGUGAUCAAGGCGCCGCCGCGCUCCGAGUCCGAGCAGCAGGCGCCGCGACGUCCGCCGGCCGAUGUGAAUGCCACGCCGUUUGGACUGAACCAGCUGGGCGGCUUCAGCGGCAUGGAUGCCCUGGGUGUGGGACAGGGUACCUUCAUGGACCUCCAAGCGCGCAUGCAGAACGAGAUUAUGACCAAUCCCGAGUUGAUGCGCAACAUUCUGGACAAUCCGCUGGUGCAGCAGAUGAUGAACAACCCCGAUACCAUGCGGCAGCUUAUCACGUCCAAUCCUCAGAUGCAGGACUUGAUGCAGCGCAAUCCGGAGAUAUCGCAUAUGCUGAACAAUCCUGAGUUGCUGCGCCAGACCAUGGAAUUAGCGCGCAAUCCCUCGAUGCUCCAGGAGCUGAUGCGAACACAUGAUCGUGCCAUGUCCAAUCUCGAGAGCGUGCCCGGCGGCUACUCAGCACUGCAGCGCAUCUAUCGUGAGAUUCAGGAGCCCAUGCUGAACGCCACCACGGAGCAAUUCUCGCGAAAUCCCUUCGCCGGCCUCGUGGACGGCAACACGUCGGGCCCGAAUCCGCAGCAGGGCACGGAGAAUCGCGAGCCGCUGCCAAAUCCCUGGGGUGGCGCUGGCGGACAGCGUCCUGGCGCCGGACAGACGACUGGCAAUGCAGCACCAGCGAGUGACGCAUCGCCAGGGAUUCUGAACUCGCCGGCCAUGCAGAGUCUCUUGCAGCAGAUGAGCGAGAAUCCCGAGCUCAUGCAGAACAUGAUCAAUGCGCCCUACACACGUGACAUGCUGCGCGCAAUGUCUGCCGACCCCAACUUGGCGGCCAAUAUGAUCAACCAGAGUCCCCUGUUGGCCAACAAUCCACAGCUGCAGGAGCAGAUGCGGCAGAUGAUGCCCAACUUCUUGCAGCGCAUGCAGGAUCCCGAGGUGCAGUCCAUGAUGACCAAUCCGCAGGCGCUCAAUGCCAUCCUGCAGAUCCAGCAGGGCAUGGAGCAACUGCGCGCCGCAGCGCCGGGCCUUGUGGGCUCCAUGGGCAUUCCACCGCCGCCGCCGGGUGGCAUUCCGGACACCACGGCGACGCCCAACUCAACACCCACGACAGGAGUCAUACCGCCUAGUCCGACUGCGGCCCACAAUCCGCAGCUCUUCAGCGAGUUCAUGUCUCGAAUGCUAAACGGCAUGGCCAGCGGCGCGAAUCCCAACCAGCCGCCCGAGGAGAGGUACUCCACGCAACUGGAGCAGCUGACUGCGAUGGGAUUUGUCAACAGAGAGGCCAAUCUUCAAGCACUCAUUGCAACAUUUGGGGACAUCAAUGCGGCGGUUGAACGACUCCUGGCUCUGGGUCAAUUGUCUCUGAGCUAACGCGCUAUUCAGAAGACCAGUCAGAGUGACAGUGCAAGAAGAAGUGGGAAUAAUUGAGAAACUGAGUGUGAGGGAAACCGUACGAAGAAAAGAGGAAACCAAAAUUGGAACAUAUAGCCACUGAUAAGAACACAAUUUUCUGUCCUAUUUGAACAUAUUUCCGUCUGACGAGUGUUAAAUUUUCCUCAUUUAUUCCCCCCCUCCGCCCUGAAGGAGACAUUUCGAGGGUGUUUUAAGUAAAGAAUAUGGGAAGCAAAAAUAACUAAUAGCGAAGACAUACCCAAAUUGCUAAAAAAAGAAGAAGAAGAGAUAAACAUUUAAUGGUUUUUUGUGCACCAUUUCAUUUGCGUGAAAUGCUAUAAUAAAAAUUUCUGUAUUUGUCAGUUUGCAACUUCUUGAAUGAAUCAAAAUCUUGUCUGCUUUCUUAUUUGCAUUAUUUUGGAGUUUUAGAGAUCUUAAUCGAGAAAAUUUUAUCUUUAUCUAAAUGAAUGAUUCACGAUAAAAUUACCAAAUCAAGCGUUAACUUAAAUGCAAAUUUCAUACUUUAGUUAUAAUUAAACACACAAAAUCAAGAAAAGAAAUAUGAAUGUCUGUAUUAUGAGAAAACAAUAUUAUAACACAUGAGAAAAAAAAAACAUGCAAAUUUAUCAGCAAGUAAAUGUUAGUUGAAAGAUAAAAAUAAAUUCUUGACAAGUGUGCGCUAGAAAAGAAUAUAAAAAAAAAACUUGGUAUAUUGGGACAUGAUAGUGGAGAAAAAAGGAUGAAAAAUUACACAAUAUGAUUAUGUUAUCAUUCCAAGAGAAUACAAAGAAUGAGAGAAUAUAAUCUACAUGAGAUAUUGCAA